AUGUCUUUUCGAUGGAACUGGUCUUAUGUAAAGAUCACAAAAGACGCGAUGGAAGAAAAAGAGGAGGACAGCUAUAGCGAUUCGAAUUUGUGUUCUAAUGACACCAUGCAAACCCGACACUGUUCUUGGAGGCUGCUGCAUCUUUCACGCAUUGGGCAACCGUGCGUUAUCGCCAUAAUUUUCAUCUCUGUCGUGUUCCUAGGAAUAGGAUUAUCGGCAGUCAUAUUCCACAAAGCUUCCUCUUCACAAACUACCCUUCGUCACAAUAAUCUGUGUGGAAACUCAACCGAGGACGCAAUUUCUCUCGGCUGCUCAUUCAAUCAACUUCUCUGGGCCUGGCUUCCGGCUCAUUGCCCGCAUUACGCCAACGAAGAUUUUACCAAGGCUGAAAAUUGGACUUAUUACCAAGAUUUCCACGGAAAUGGAGAAAUCUCUUCGGAGCAUGUCAUUGAAGCAAUGGAUAAAGGUAUCAAGCUCUGGACGCAGCAAAGAGAGCACGUUACCCAUUGCGUGUUCAUGUUUCUUGGCCUUGGGCAAGUCAUCAGAGACGGUUCUCCAUAUACGGAAAAAUUAACCGACUACACUCACAUAAAGCAUUGA